CAAUUAUAUGAUGAAAGGAAAGUGAGCAAGCAACUCUUUGAUUUGGCUCGUGGACCAUUAGAAGAAGUUGUAUGUUAUAAUGGGUACAUCGUCAAUGGUUUUAGAUUUCGAAAAAAUGAAGUCGAUUGUAACAGAAGAACUCAAAGUUGUGGAGUCUUGGUAAAAGGAGAUGCAAGUACUGACAAUCGUGAUUAUUAUGGUGUUUUAAUUGAUAUCAUUGAGUUACACUACAAGGGAGGCAAUAAGAUUGCAAUGUUUAAAUAUGAUUGGAGGGAUGUUGACCAUUGUGGUAGAGGAAUUAUGGUUGACAAGUUUGGUCGAACUCUUGUGAAUGUAACAUGUUCAUUAAAGAGUAAUGAACCUUUCGUGUUAGCAUGUCAAGCCGAGCAAGUAUUUUAUGUGAAAAGCAUAAAGAAUCCUUAGUGGCAUUUUGUUAUAAAAACAGAACCUCGAAAUUAUUACAAUAUGCCAUCUCCAAAGGAGGAAAAUGAUGAAGAAGAAGAGGAUGAUGAUCAAGAGCCAUACCAACAGAAUGAUUCACAUGGUCAUCAAAUGGGUUUCAUAAGUACUGAUGAUCAAGAUGAUGUUAUUAUUUCAUUAGAUAGGGUUGACAUACCUAGCAGACUUGUGGAUAUGGAUGAUGUUGAUAUGAAUUAAUGAGAUUAAACAUUUCAAAAUGAAUGUAAUUUACUUACUUGAAAGUUAUGUUCUUGACUUAUCUAAAUAGUUACAUGUUCAUUUGUUUUAUAUCGUGUAUUUAUGUAUAUGUUUCAUUUAUAUAGUAAUAUGCGUGUAUUGACUAAACUAAUUAAAUAUGCAUAUGAUGAAUAGUGCUAACAUAUAUUGGAUUGAUCAAAGUAAGGGAUUCUACUAAUGACAAACGGAGGUAGCAAAGGUGGAGUUGGCACAAGUGAUGCUAAUGGAAGUAGAAAUGAUUUGGCUCAUCAAGGGAAGAAGAAAGGGCAAGGGCCUACUCGGAAUCUUAAAUUGGCCAAAGAGUUCAAGGAAGGGAAAAGAUAUGAGAUUGGUUGGCUGAAUGGAAGACCUAUAGGGCCUCAUGCUCGUGAUUUAAUAAAUGAAUGUACAAAACUUGUUAGGGCACAACAAAAUGUACCUCUAAAGUUCACAGAUUGGAAAAAAGUACCCUAUAUCAGCAAAAGGAAGCUUUUUGAUAAAGUAUUGGAGUAUUUCAAAGUUGAGGGCCGAGAGCAAGAGGUUUGGUAACAAAUGGGUAGUUCUUACUUGAAUUAUCAUGACUCCCUAAAGAAAAAGUGGUUUAAGCCAUAUGGUGAAGUAACAGAAGAGGCACGAGCAAAUGUUCCACCCGGACAAGAGAAAGAUGAUUGGAAUUGUCUUGUGGAUUUGUGGAGCAAGCAAGAUUAUAUGGACAUGUGUUUGAAAAACAAGGAAAAUCGGGACAAAAACAAUAUUAUCCACACUUCUGGUUCAAAAAGUUUCCAACAACGUAGUGCAAAAGAGGU